UGAAGAUCUGCAGGAUCAGAACCAGGACUAGGACUCGGAGAUGGACCGGGACCAGGAGUCCAGCAUCAGGACCAGAGCGGGAUCUUCCUCUGGUCUGCAGAAACAUAAAGGCAAAGAGAGACCCACAAGUUUUCGUUGUGAUCACUGCAAGAAAGUCUUCACCACUUCAUCACGUCUGAGAAAACAUAAGAUGAUUCACACUGGAGAUAAACCGUUCAGGUGUGAUCAGUGUGGAGCAGCUUUUAGCACAUCUGGUAAUCUAAAGAUUCACCAACGUAUUCACACUGGAGAUAAACCGUUCAGUUGUGAUCAGUGUGGAGCAGCUUUUACCCAACAAAGUAAUCUAAAGAUUCACCAACGUAUUCACACUGGAGAUAAACCGUUUAGGUGUGAUCAGUGUGGAGCAGCUUUUACCCAACAAGGUAGUCUAAGGACUCACCAACGUAUUCACACUGGAGAAAAACCGUUCAGAUGUGAUCAGUGUGGAGCAGCUUUUACCACAUCAGGUAGUCUAAUGACUCACCAACGUGUUCACACUGGAGAAAAACCGUUUAGGUGUGAUCAGUGUGGAGCAGCUUUUACCACAUCAGGUAGUCUAAGGACUCACCAACGUAUUCACACUGGAGAAAAACCGUUUAGGUGUGAUCAGUGUGGAGCAGCUUUUACCCAACAAUGUAGUCUAAUGACUCACCAACGUAUUCACACUGGAGAAAAACCGUUCAGAUGUGAUCAGUGUGGAGCAGCUUUUACUGAGUCAGGAAAGCUAAAGAUUCACCAACGUAUUCACACUGGAGAUAAACCGUUUCGGUGUGAUCAGUGUGGAGCAUCUUUUACCACAUCAGGUAGUCUAAUGACUCACCAACGUGUUCACACUGGAGAAAAACCGUUUAGGUGUGAUCAGUGUGGAGCAGCUUUUACCACAUCAGGUAGUCUAAUGACUCACCAACGUGUUCACACUGGAGAAAAAACGUUCAGAUGUGAACAGUGUGGAGCAGCUUUUACUCUGUCAGGUAAUCUAAGGGCUCACCAACGUAUUCACACUGGAGAUAAACCGUUUAGGUGUGAUCAGUGUGGAGCAGCUUUUACCCGACAAAGUCAUCUAAAGAUUCACCAACGUAUUCACACUGGAGAUAAACCGUUUAGGUGUGAUCAGUGUGGAGCAGCUUUUACCCAACAAAGUCAUCUAAGGACUCACCAACGUAUUCACACUGGAGAUAAACCGUUUAGGUGUGAUCAGUGUGGAGCAGCUUUUACCACAUCAAGUGAUCUAAGGACUCACCAACGUAUUCACACUGGAGAUAAACCGUUUAGGUGUGAUCAGUGUGGAGCAGGUUUUACCCAACGAGGUCAUCUAAGGACUCACCAACGUGUUCACACUGGAGAAAAACCGUUCAGAUGUGAACAGUGUGAGGCAGCUUUUACCACAUCAAUUCAGCUAAAGAAGCACCAAUGUACUCACACGAGUGAUAAACUCUAAAGAUGUGAUCAGUAUGAAGUGUGUAAUGCAAAAAACACCUCAGCACAGCAAAAAAAGCAACAUAAUCAGACAACAUCAUACCUAAAACUUGAAGAUGCCCCCU